AAAACAAUUAUGGCUGCCUACAUGAGUUUGAAUGACACUUUGACUUAGAUCUAGUCUAGAUAUUAGAUAAAAAUCAUAAAUUUGAGGCUGCAGCUGUCUGAAAUAAUUCAAGAUGAUCUCCUUUCGCCAAGUACAGAUACUUAGUAUGUCUAAAUGCAAGGAUGUAGGAACAUAUCUGUUAAAUAAAAAGUGUUUAGAUAGGUUCUCAAAAAAUUAUUCUACCUUUAUCAAACAUAGGCCUUAUUUGUUUGCCAAAGUCUUUGAGGUGAUUAGUUCAACCCCAAAGACAAACAUAAGAUUUCUUAAUUUUCAACCAAAUGACAGCUCUUUCAGAAGUGAUAAUAAAUCUAUAAAAACGAUUAAAAAGAAAAAUCUUGUUGCUAAAAGAAGAGAUCAUAGUACAAAUUUAAAACUCUUUAAUGAGCUUUUAUACCAGAAAGAAAGUUCAACACUAAGCAAUGAUGACUGGCUUCAAAUAAAAGAGACAUUUUCAGUAACGCUAAAUGAGAAGUGGGAGUCUUUCUGUAUGCAUGCAUUGUAUAAUCGAAAAAACUGUGCGCAAGCCAAAAGCUUAAUCAAUUUCUUGGAGUCACAAAAAGAGAGUCCAAAUAAAAUCACUUUGACAUACUUUACUAGUCUUCUUGGACAGACUUCAGAUAAUUCUGAGACUCAAGAUACAGAAUUCAAGAAAUACUUUGAUUUAUUGCUGUCCAAAUCAGAUAAUUUGGAUGCAGCUUCCAUUGAGGUGCUUGUAAAGGGUUUAUCUAAUACUAGAUACUACAUGGAAUGUAUUCCUUUGUUAAAACUUGUUCAAGAAUUCAGUGAAGUAACAAGUAAAAUAAUAAAUGACAUUUUGGUCGGAGCAUUAAAGUUCCAAGAUCACAAAAUAUUGGCUCAGAUGUUAACUCUUGCAGAGACUGGCAAAACUUUACCAAACGAAUUGCUACCAAGUCUACCAAAUAUGGUCAACCGGUGUCUUCAGAAAAAUAAUCAGCAAGGUCUACAAACACUAAUGGACUUUGUAGAAAAACAUGGGUUACUUUUACCUAAACUGGUCCUUUAUGAAAUCCACAGCAUGUUUGAAAGUCAUCAACCUGAUGAAUGGACUGGUCAAUUUGGUUACAUCAAUCAUAGAAGUGGGAAAUGCACUAUUUGCAAUCAUAAGAUGGACAGGCUGGAAAUUCAACAAAAAGAAUUCAACUCGUUACAAACUGCAUUUUUAGAUCAAGUAAUCGUGGGAAAAAAUAUCUUUUACAAGACAUCUCCAGAAGAAGUAGAUAAAUACAAACAAUUCAUAAAAAAGCUGGCUCCGUUUGAUGUUGUCAUAGACGGCAUGAAUGUUAUCUUCCAUGGUCAGCCUAACAGAGAAAAGUUGGAGAAAACAGUUGAAUAUUUUACUGAACAAGAGAAAAAAGUUUUAGUUCUUGGAAGCAAUGCACUCUAUAAAUUUACUCACAAUGUAAGAAAAAUGAAGAAUUGCCAUACCUACUUAACAUCUACUACAAAAGCUGAUGAUGUCUUUUUCCUAUAUGCAGCACUUCAAAGUAGGCUAGAUACGCUAAUUGUUAGCCGUGACAAGCUUCGGGAUCAUAGAUUUAAAUUUGACCCUAUACUGCGCCCAAUUUUCAGCAAAUGGCUUUUGAUUACACAGAUAUCAGAUUGGUUUUAUUCAGCCAAUGGACAAUUUGUGAUAGGUAAAAGACAUCUGUUUAGUCUUGGACCAGCCAAAGAUGAAGGAGGUUGGCAUUUACCAGAAGAUGACACAGAUAUGUUAAACCCUAAUGGAAAAUUCAGCAUUUUGUGUCUUCGUCAACGUCUAUCAAAGAAAUUGAAAUCUAACUAA